CCCAGUUAUUAUUAUGGCUGAAGAAGUGGAAAUGAUGUUCUAGGUGGCUAUAAGCAUAUAUCAAGUAAACAUGGAAAAAUUCUGAACUUUGAUUGAAAAUUGUCGUUUGAUAUGAUUAGUUGUUUGUCGAAGUGCAUGUUAAGUUUAACUCUUCAAAUCUAUGGGAAGAAAAUAUUGCAUUUAUAGAUAACUAUUAUAAGAAUUUACCUGUAUCAACUGAAGAUAUAGCUAGCUGCGCUGAAAACUUAAUAAACUUCGACAUUCAGUGUUUUAGUUAGCAUAAACUAAUUGUUAAAAAUGGCAACAGAAACGGAGAGAUUUCAAUCAAAAUUUAGAAGGGAGAAUAGGACAACAACAGCUGGAAGAAGAAGAAUUUUUGAGGAUGGAGCUGAACGCGAAAGUAGUAGAACAAGUGGAAGAAGCUCUAAUGAUAGAACUGAAUCAGCUUCAAUUACACAGAAAAUGAAUAAUAUAAAUUUGAAAGAUGAAAAAGUAAAAAAUGAGUCAGACCAAGAAGAUACAAAACCAGAAAAAGAAGAGGACGAGGAAGAAGAACAGUCAACUGCAAAGAAAAGUCACAAGAAAGCUGGAUCGAGUGCUACCAGCAGGAAAAGAAAUCAAAGGAAAAACUUAAGAGAAAAACGAAGGUCCACAGGUGUUGUAAUUAUGCCUGGAACAGCUGUGGUUGCAACCGACGAAGAAGAAAGAACAGUUCAGGAAAACACAGUUCGAAAUAUGGAUGCUGGAAGUUCCACGGUAUCUUCUGUUGAAGUUCAUACAGUCGCUGACAACGAUCACGAUCUCGUGGAAGUACUUAAACAAGAGAUAGAAGAAUGGAAAGAGAAAUACGCCAAAGCUACACGAGAAAUUGAUUCGCUGAAAACUGACUUACAACGGUAUAAAGACGAAAAUGGCGCUCUAUUACGUGUUGUUGGAAACUUUACGAGUUCUGGCCGUAAAUAAUAGGAGCUGGGCACUAGUAAAAAUGGGUGGUAUGCAAACAUCUUGUAAAGUAAUUAUGUCGUUGAAAAGAUUCGAUCUUUGCUUGAAUCGAGUUAAAAAAAUGACACAAUUGCUACGACCUUGGAUAACAUGUAUAUUUGGAUGUGUUACGCAGCAAAAUCUUCCAUCUUUUGUUGAAAUAUCAUCCAUAAGAAUCGACGACGUUUGAAAAUGGAAACAUUUUUAUUUCUCGUCUGGGUAUCAUCCAUUAUGUGUUUGUACAGUAUGCAAUGCAUGCUGGGAAUUUUGUAUGUAGGUUUUAUUAAUUUAUAUUUUUCUACUUGUCUGGUGAGAUAUAUUAAUACCAUGACCCUAUUCUGACAUUAUUUUGUCAAUAGCUUUAUAUUCCUAUUUGGGUUAAUCAAGUUAUAUAUUUUGAUGACGAAAGUUUUGAACGUCGAAAUAAUAUCUCAUUUGCUAUUUUUAAUUGUUGUCCUUAGAAACUCGACUUUGUAAAUUAUAGCUUUUAAAGUCCAACCGGAUUUUGUCUCUUUACACGAGUGUCUUUAAAAGAUUUUUUGUGUAAAACUGUAUAAUACUAUGAAACUGUGAGAAUUUUAUUUUUUUACUUGCAAAUGAUCUCACAAUGUUGGAAUAUUACAAUGAUUCUCACGACGCCGUCAAGGGGAUUCCAUUGACACGUUUUCUAAUGGUAGAAAAGAAACCCCUGCAAUUGUGGUAAUGGAAUUCCUUUGAUGGCUAAAAGUAAUUUUUUUUUACAAAUAAAAUUAAUUAUUAUUGGUAAGUACGCCAGAAUUUUUUUGCUUUUGGCUAUUUGCAGGAGUCAUUUUUAGAUGGCUUUAAAUCUUGAAUAUAAACUAGAGUAGCAACAAAGCCUGCACCUUAACAACGAAGACUACACCUUAGUAACGCGCUUCUGCUUAGUGUCAACUUAUGCACGUUUUUAUAACACUUGUCCCCUUGAUAAAAUUGCACUUGUAACGUAUUUUGAGACAAAUCUCGUUUUGUAUGUUACUCCAGUGUUGUUUGAGUAGCGUGAAAGAAAAGAAACACACUUUUA